AUGCGAAUGUGUACCUGUCAGGAAAUGGACCAGUGCGUCGAAGAAGCGAAGGGCCAGACCGACCAGUGCGCCGAGCCCUGCUUCAAGGAGUUCGAGAAGUUGAAGAUGCUCGAGAAGCCACAGGUGUUGAAAACUUGCCUCCAGAGCAAGAAGCGGAUGCUCGUGCAACUGAUCCCGUGUUUCAAGCAGCACUUGCAUGCAGUCGAAGACGACCUCCUCAUCAAAGCUCAGGCUUUCUUGAAGAUGUCAAAGUCCAAGAACGUCAAUGAGGUAGCCCAAGCCAUUAAAUCGGCCGGUUUCUGCAUGAAGAACUGCAUCGUCAAGGAGAAGAACCCACAUGGCUUCUGCUUUGAACGAAUCGGAUGCAUGCCCCGAAUCACCGACGCCCAGGCAAAACAGGCGAUCGAGAAAGGCUCGACGCAAGUGAAUUGGAAGCAGGAGGUGCAGACGAUCUGCGACUGCAACCGCGAAGCGGGCAUUGGUGGUCUCCAAGACUUCUGCAAGCUGAUGAUCAGCACC